AUGGAUAUAGAAGAAACUAGAACACAGUUCAAGAAAACCGGCAAAAAAGCAGUACCUGCUGCAUCGUUCGAACAGAACGUCCAGGCCAAUAGAGAUUUUUUGAAGAAAUCAGAGUUUCUCUCUGAUUUACUUGAAAAUUUACAGCCACAUCUCAAUAACAUCAAAAAAGUACGAUGUGUUGCAAUCGGCAACUUUCAGGAGGAUUUUCCCGCGACCUUCCAAUUUGCUCUCCUUCUGGAGAUUAUUGAUCAUAUAAAUAACGAAACUUCAAGAGACAUUCUUAUUUCUCUAUAUGACCCAAUAUUUACCGAAAACGAGAUGCAUUACUUAGAAAGUUUGGGGGACAAGUGGGUGAUACAGGAAAAUUUUUCAGAAAUCAAUACAGGCGACUAUAAAUCCGUCUUGUAUUUCCUUCCUCAUGCUCCCUUAGACUUAACCGAAAGAAUACUAGCGUCAGAGUGCCCACACUUAUGGCUGGCGAACAACAUGAUAUCACACACUGACAGAUACACUAAGGCCAAACUAUUUGAAAAAUAUCCUCAUUUAGGCAAGCUCGUACAUUACCUGCAGCCGAACCUUGUAGCCGAGACUAAGAAACAAGAUGGUGCAGAUGAUUUUACAGCUUUUGUUCCGAAGAGGAAAAGGAAAAACAAAAACAACUCUACCAAACUCAAAGUCAAAAUUCCUGAUAUAGACUAUGGUUCGAUAGCGACAAAGUUCACAUCUUGCAAAAUACUUACGGAUUUUGACGAGGGAAAAUAUUUGAAAGAAAGACCUUGGAUCAACUCCUUCUCUGAUUUAACGUUGCAUGCUAUAGGAUAUUAA